AUGACCUGCGUGUGUGAAGCAAACAGUGACGUCACUCAGCAUCACGGCGGAGCGGGUGCUGAGGGGAAAUAUAGGACACGGAGAGGAGGAAGGAAGAGGAGGUCUGCAGCAGCAGGGAGAGAAGCAGACGGCAGCAGCUCUUUAUCAGACGAGCUGUGUGAGCUGAAGGAGGACAAGCCCGUCAUGUUGGCUGACACUCUGACGGCCAAGGAGAGGGAGUCCAUGGAGGAGAAGGAGGAGACCGAAGAGGAGGAGAAAGGGCAGCAGGAGGAAGACAUGAAGUCAAAGGAGAGGGAGUCAGAGGAUGAAGAUCAGGGAGACAUGAUGGGGGAAGAGGAGGAGCUGGAGGAGCUGAGAGGUCAGGUGUUGCAGCUGGUUCUGGAGUUGGACGAGACCCGUGAGGUUUCACAGAGGCAUGAGGAGAGCUUCAUGGAGCUGCAGGGUCUGCUGGACGAGGAGCGGCUGGCGAGUGCUCAUCAGGCAGAGAGCUUCACCCGGCAGAUCCAGAGGCUGCAAGCUCAGCUCCACUCAGUCCAAGAGGAGAUGAGCAGCCUGGAGGAGGAGAAGGAGAGUGAGCUGGAGGAGGUUCAGCAGGAGCUGCGCUCUGCCCAGGAGGAGGUGCUGAUGCUGCAGCAGGCGGCCGAGGAGGCAGCGGCAGAGAGGGAGAACGACAUCGCCUCCCUGCAGGAGGAGCUGUGCCGCCUGAGGGUGGAGCUGAAGCGUCUGCGAGACACCACCGCCGAGUAUGAGCUGGAGAUUACCACGCUGAGAGCAGAGAUGAGCAUGAAGAGCCGUGGCAUGGAGGCGCCAGGUGAGGUGACUCAGCUGCAAGAAGAGUUAAUUUCUCUGACAGACCAGCGUCAGAUCCUGAGCAGCAGCAACAAAGAGCUCAGCAACCAACUGGAGCAACUGCAACGAGACGUGUGUGAUGACACAUACCUGGAAGUCAGAGCUGAGGGUCAAACUGAAGAGAAGGAGCAGCUACAGGCCGAGCCGUACAUCACUCUGUCCCAGUCCGUACCCAAACUGCAGAAUCCAGAGUCCUCAGAGGUCCAGGAAGAGAUCAGGAUCCUGAGGGGCCAGCUGAGGCAGGCUGAGGAAAUGGCCCAGAAGGUCCAGCAGGAGUGUGAAGGUCUGAGGAUGGAGCUGGAGGAGCUGCAGCGUCUGUUUGAACUCAGCCAGCAGGAGCGAGCAGCUCUGGAGCUCCAGCUGCAGAGCUGCAAGGCAGAGCUCCAGAAACUGAUGGGAAAAAAAUCGCAGAAGAACGACUCAGAAGGAUGGAACCUGGCGGUGGCAGCGAUCGCAGUGGCGGCUAUUUUGGUUCUAGUGGUUCCUAGCUUCACCAGGGCCUGAGGCUAAACAGGAAGUGGCCUCACAGCGAGCUGUGUCGACCUAUCGGAUUGCUGUCAUCCAUCCUGCGCCCUCAUCCAUGUCGCCGUCCUGAUGUCUGCAUGAUGCAACGCCGCAACAUUUUGACCGAACCUUACCGGCGUCAGUGAGUUCUAGAGGGAGGCGCAGAGCGAUGUUUAGAAAACUGUUCAUGGUACAUGUGGGUCAGCGCUCAGCAGCAGGUCUCACAGCUCCGGGCUUUUCAAAACCACCACCAUCAUUAUCAAAUCUGUUCUUGUUUCAAAACCAAAACUGGACCAAAUUCUUUCAAGUUUCGAUGGAGUUUGAGACCAAAAACAUGCAGAACAAUCCACUUUAGUUGUACCAAAAGUUUCUUCUUUGUUGCAUCCAUCAAGGAGUUUUCUAAAACAGGAUUUUUCUUGGAGUUAGACUCAACUUUAUUCAUCCCUUGGGAUCACUCCUUCAGGGAAAUUCUGAUUCCAAUAGCUUAUAUAGAGUAAAAAGAGUUAAAGCAAAAUGCCAUCAAAGAUAUAAAUACCACAGACAAUAUUAAAAGAGUGUAUAUAUUACCAAAACAAGCGUGAAAAAAAGAAAAAAGAAAAGAAAGUUGUAAUGUCCUUGAAUAUAUUUCCCUUAGAUAUAAAAAUGUCUGCACAGUAGAUAACUAAUGGAAGACUACGUAAUAGUUCUGUUUAUAACCCUGACACAGGACGCACAGUGGUCACGGUUUGCUGUGAUGGGAACUUUUCAGAUGGGAACUGAAGGAUUGAGGUAGAUUUCAUGGAAACUUAAGGAGUUUUUGGGAUGCAGUCAAAGAAAUAAUCAAGAACUAAAGGCCAUUCAAAAUUAUUCACACUUAAAUCCAAUGAUAUUUAUCACAAUAAACAGUUAUUAUCAAAUAGAUUUACUGACUAGAUAUUUUUUGUGUGCAUUUUCUACCUUAACUAAAUGAAAGCUAGAGAUGUUAAGGUUUCAUGCUGUCGACCUUCCAAACACACAGACCCACUCAAAUAAUCUCAGUGCAAGUUAACCAGCAGCUGCUCCAAAUUCAUGUUGGAAAAAGAACAUUUUGUUACUUCGAGCUUUUUUCUAAAAGCCAUUUAUCUGCCGUCGGUUCGGCCACCAGAUCUUUACAGAAAUGUUAACUUUCUUUACAUAAAAACAAAUAGAAAAUAAACAAAGAAACAACAAAAAGACACGUUCUGUAGUAAAAAAAAAAAACGCUGUCAUGGCAACCCUGACAGAGUUGAUCCCAUUUCUGGUAUUUCUCCUAAUCCUUUUGGGAUGUUUCAUCCCAACACAGGUAUGUGGGAACUUUUAAGCACCUCUGGUCAAACACCAAAGGAGGGGGUGAGAAUACUGUAAAACUUCUAGAUCAUUCUAUACUUGCACUCGGACACCUGGUAUUUCAUCAUCUAAAGCUCAGUUCAGAUGGUGUUUGGGUUUGAGUGCCAUGAAACCACUGAUUUGUCCCCUAAUCUUAUCUUGGUUCCCAUCUUCUCACCACAUCAAUGUGGAAAAAAUCUGAAACUUCCGCUGCUGUUCUGCAAACGUAUCAAUAUGACAACAAGCUGACAUUUACUUAAAAUGUUCAGGACAGCUAAAAAAAAAAUGGAAACACUUCCAUUAUUUCCCUGCGUUGAGGCAACGUUCCCCGUCUGUGGUCAGACAUGUCUGCACACAUCGGCCAGAACAUCAGGGCGGUGAUGCCAAACGACCAUUUCUCCCACUUGAUGGUGCUUUUGGAACAUAAAUCCCAAUCUUUCUUCCUUAUGGAGACUUUUUGCAGGAAAACUGCACUGCCGAGUAUUUUCAGUUAUGUCAGUUUCAGGCUUCAGGUGAAAGUUCUUUAGCUAUCCUUCCUUCCUCAGAGGCUGAUGUUGAUUGACUGCAGCUCCUCUGAGCAGAUAGCAUCAAUCCUGAUGUUCUAAAAGAUCCCAGCUUCCCUUCAAUAACCCCCCACCCCAUAAA